AUGUACACUAUCUUCGGUUGGGUGGUGCUCGGAUCGACUUCGGCGGUGAUUCCUAUGGUGACUAGCUCUAACCACGUAUCAAUCAGUAAUGAGCAACUUGACGAUCUUCUCACCAAGAUCUGGCUGCAAGAGGAAGUUCCGAAAACUGAAGAUAGUGUUCUGACUAAAGAGGAGGCAGAAUGGUUGAGGGUCUCUGAGAGGAGGCAGUCGGCUCUUGAUUCCAUACAAUGUUCGUCUCUAAGACAUACAUCCUCUUCUACUCCCACAUACUACGUUCCUCAUCAUGGUGUUCUCCGGGAAAGUAGUAAAACUACGAAGCUGAGGGUGGUGUUCAACGGUUACAGUAAGAUCAGCACGGGAGUGUCACUCAAUGACAUUCAACAUGCUGGAGCCAAAUUGACUCAGGAUAUCACUGACUUUCUUCUCAAAUCGAGACGUAAUCGGUUCAUUUUCAUGACGGACAUCACGGAGAUAUUCCGCCAAAUCAAGAUGCAUCGUGAGGACUGGCCUCAUCAACAGAUUUUGUGGCGCGAUUCUCAGGGUCAGAUCAGCACCUACCAGCUCACCACAGUAACCUACGGGACUAAAUCUGCCCCAUUCUUAGCCUGUAGAGUUCUCAAUCAGCUGGUUGCGGAUAAGGAACAUCGUUCCCCUCUGGCCGUCUCUCCAUUGACCAGUGGUAGAUAUGUGGAUGAUAUCGGUGGUGGAGCUGAAAAUGAGCUUGGUCUGUUGGACGUGUCUAAGCAAGUGACAGGUGUCUGCUUAGCUGGUGGAUUUCCUUUAGCUAAAUGUCACAGUAAUAGUCCGUCUCUACUUUGA